AUGCUUGCUAAGAAUGACAACAUUGAGACUGAGUCCCGUACUCAAUAUACGGGUCAAAGACUACGAUCUUUAUAUCUCGGGGAAGCCUUCAGAAUCCAUGCUGAUGAGCCUUCGUGGUUACUCGGUCCCAACGAGAUUGUUUUCUACAUGGAAGAGCUUGAGAAGCUCCACAUCCAAGGCGCUAGAAUCAGACCCUUGCAUCGAGCGACCUUUGGCCCAAGAUUUCCGACCAAGAAAACAGCUCUCAAAGACCUAGCCUUGCUCAACUGUGAUGUCUCGCCAGAUACAUUUGCAGAGAUUCUCGCCUUCCCCAAGGGCCUUACCCACCUCACAAUGAAAGGCCGAUGGCUACGCACGAAUGGGCCAUUUGAGUGCAGUCUUAAUACAAGUGAUUACAUCAAAGAAAUCCAACGAAGCAGCUCAGCAGGUGUGGUAUAUCUUGAUCUCGACAUUUGGAAUCCAGAUGACCCCCCAGAUGACCCCCCAGAUUUUCAUCACUUGGAGGGUUUGAAACACCUUACCCUCUCUAUAGAGUUCUACCGGUGCUAUAUUGUACACUCGGGCGUGCCAAUUCUUUCUCGGUUUCUUCCUUUCAGUUUGGAGACUCUCAUAUUGGAUGGAUACAACUCAAUGGAUGAGGUAUUCAAUCUCUCGGUCAACAAGAUAAAGGAAGGGCGGUUUCCAAAGUUGCAGCCCCUCUUCGAUCUUUUCUUAGGCAACAACUUUCCUCAGCCACCCCGAAUCCCGAAUUCUCCCACAUCUAUCGACUUGAAUUUGGUCAAAUCCAGGAAAUUAUAUCUCACUCGAGGUACAGAAUCCAGAACUAUGGAUAAUGACAAUGCCUCAAGUCCCUUUAAUGGGGAUGGCAACACCAUCACUCGAAGUUGCCUCAACAACUGCACAAUUGAUAAUUCCCAUGUAAAAAGAUCCACACUCAGCGACUGUGUGGUAUCAAAGGUUGAAGACCUGAGCCGGAUCACAGCUCAAAAAUCUCAAUUCCAUGAAGCGGCCACUGUCGAGCGCAGCGAUAUCACAGAAAGCACUGUACAAACACAAAGUUCGAUAAGCCGAUCUACAAUUACACAGUCGCUCAUCCAGGACAAAGCCACGGUAAAGCGCAGUACCGUGACUGGAACGACAGUCUCAAACAGUCAACUCGAGAGAGCUACCGUGACAAAUUGCGUUAUCACAGAAUGCACUAUCGAGCGGAGUGACUUCCAAGGAUUGGUUCUCAAGUAUGGUAUUUGGAAGCGAAACAAGUUGAUUGGGAAGGUCGGGGAUCAUGAUCCUGUCUUUAUCAGGAAUCAUGGCUCACGGGCCGGGAAAUCUACAUCUGUGCUCCUUGGAUCUACCAUUCCUGGAUUAGAUCCCAAAAAUCACACUCGACAGGGUGAUCCUCCUCCUGGCUACGAUGAUGACUCGUAUACUAGUGGGGAUAGUGGAGUUGAUUGUGGUCAUUUGCCUCCGCCAUACAAGCCCUAA